ACAUCCUUUGGGUUUGCUUUCCCUUUCAGAUUAGAGAUCUCACUCCAUUAAUGAUGUUUCCACUGUUGAAAAAAAAUAUGAUUAUUAAUUUUUCUUCCCACUACGAUACUCAUUAUUAGAUAUAUCAAGGGAGACUUCACCUUCUCAUAUGAAGGGUGAACAACAAAUCAGAAGACACAUUCAUUGUCUGGUAAGAGAUACAAAACUCUACGUACCUUGGAUCUCACCAGAACUAGAGAGUUCCUUCAAGUAUCUGCCGCUCUCUUACCGAAUGAAGUGAAGUACAUGAAAGAGGUAUGGUUAGAUGACAGACUAAGAAUCCUGUAGCCUGGUCUCCAAACUUCUGAGUCCAGAGAUCACAACAGAGACUCAGCUUUGUUUUACAUCAGAAUUUCCUUAGUUUCCUCUACAUACUCUUAAUGGCAAAGACAGAUUGGAGAAAUCAAACGUCCAUCACCAAUUUCAUCCUCCUGGGAUUUGGGAAUCUCCCUGAACUACAGAUCCUUCUCUUCCUGGUUUUCCUGGUGAUCUACAUCGUGACCAUGUCUGGGAACAUCCUCAUUGUUGUGCUAGUUGUGGCUGAUCAGCACCUUCACACCCCCAUGUACUUCUUCCUGGCGAACUUGUCCUGCUUGGAGACCUGCUACACCUCAACCAUCCUGCCCAGGAUGCUGGCCAGUUUCCUGACUAAGGACAGAACCAUCUCAUUUAGUGGCUGCAUCACACAAUAUUACUUUUUUGUUUUUCUGUCAUCUACAGAAUGCUAUCUCCUAGCAGCAAUGUCUUAUGAUCGGUGUUUAGCGAUAUGUAAACCUCUGCACUAUGCAGCCCUUAUGAACAGCAGGUCCUGUCUCUGGCUAGCAGCUGGGUCUUGGAUAAGCAGAUUCCUAUCUGGUAUCAUAUCAACAUUAUCAAUGUGUCAGUUAAUUUUCUGUGGUCCCAAUGAAAUUGACCAUUUCUUUUGUGAUUUUGUCCCAAUGAUGAAGCUCAUGUGCAGUGACAUUCACCUGAUAAAAGUUUUGGCUUUUACACUAUCCUUGAUUUUCUCUCUGAUCCCAUUUCUUUUAACUGUGACAUCCUACUUUUAUAUCAUCUCCACAAUCCUGAGCAUCCCUUCCACCACAGGGAGGAAAAAAACAUUUUCCACCUGCUCCUCUCACCUCAUCAUGGUUACACUUUUCUACGGGACCAUAACUGUUGUCUAUAUGUUUCCAGCAACCCAUAAGCUGAAAGACUUAAGCAAAAUGUUCUCUGUCUUCUACACAGUCCUGACUCCCAUGGUCAAUCCUCUCAUAUACAGUCUGAGAAACAAAGAGGUGAAGGAGGCCAUGAGGAAAGCUCUUAGGAAAUAUAUAACUUUCCAGAGUUCAAAAAUUUUACCAAACUGGGGUUUUUUAGGUUAAAAUGAACUAGAUACACAAAUAUUUAAAAAAUUAUCCACAUGAAAUGUUCUCACUGAGGAGAUGGAGAGAAAGAACCACAUCCUUACUAGUCACAUUGCUCAAUGCAUUGCUAGAAGCUGCUCAUGUAUAGGCUUGGAAGGAUUUCGAUUUUUUCGGUAAGGAUUGGUAAACAUCGAUUUCACUGUACACACAAACCACCGAAAAUAUAUUUCCAUCAACACCAAUCAAAACUUACCUAUGGACAAAGUAAGAAAAAUGCUUCUUGAGGACAUAUUUGAUUUUGAUUUACGGAUAUUUACUUUGUGUAUUUU